GAUUAACGGGGGUGAUCUGCUUAAUCCUGUUCAAUGACACCAAAGAGGAGAAGGAGCAGACAAGACCAGAUGGAAGCAGCAAGAUCUUUUCUGUGACGAUAAACAGUUGAAAGGAAAAUGAAGCCCAUCACCUCCUUGUGCUUAUUGCUGGCUGGUUUGUACUUUGUUGCCCAGUGUCAUCAGCGCCCUCACUACCGCAAUAAACAGGAUGACCCUAAAGGAACAUACUACCCAGGACAUAGUUCUCAUGAGGAAGGAGUUUAUCCAUUUAGGAACAAAACCUUUGUCAAACUGAUUCCCAGCAAUGCUGACUUUGCAUUUUUACUUUAUAAGCUGGUCACAUCUGAAGAAACUGAUAAAAAUAUUUUCUUUUCACCCAUAAGCAUCUCUGCUUCCUUUGCAAUACUGGCACUCGGUGCCAAGUCAGCGACGCUGACGCAGAUUCUGGAAGGGCUUGCCUUUAACCUGAAAAAGACUCAGGAGCAGGAAAUACAUGAAGGUUUUUGCCAGCUCCUCCACUUGCUGAACCGUACAGACAGUGAGCUGCAGCUGAGCCUGGGCAAUGCCCUUUUUAUAGAAGAGACACUAAAACCACUGCAGAAGUUCUUGGAUGAUGUUAAAAGCUUUUACAAAUCUGAAGUCUUUUCUACUGACUUUAACAACUCCUCUGGUGCUGAGAAUCAGAUCAACAAUUAUAUUGAGGAAAAGACAAAUGGGAAAAUCAUUAAACUAGUGGAAAAUCUUGAUCCUCUGACAGCAAUGGUUCUUGUUAACUAUGUCUUCUUUAAAGCCCAUUGGAAGAAACCCUUCAGUACCUUAUAUACCAAAGAGGAGGAUUUUUUUGUGGAUCAGAAAACAUCUGUAAAAGUUGACAUGAUGUAUCGCAAGGGUUACUACAGAAAUUACUUUGAUGAAGAGCUAUCCUGUUGGCUGGUUCAGAUUCCUUACAAUGGAAAUGCUGCAGCAUUAUUUGUUUUGCCUGAUGAAGGGAAGAUGAAGCAGGUGGAAGAUGCUUUGUUGAAAAGGACUGUGGCUAAAUGGGAAAAGCAUCUCCAAGACAGAAAAAUACAUCUACACAUCCCAAAAAUUUCCAUUUCGGGUACCUAUGAUGUGAAAAGGAUAGUCAAACAAGUGGGUAUGACUGAUCUCUUCACUGAGCAAGCUGAUCUGUCAGGAAUUACUGAGGAGGCUGGACUGAUGGUGUCAAAAGUGAUCCACAGAGCCUUGCUGAACAUUCAUGAGAACGGCACAGAAGCGGCGGGGGCCACAGUGAAGGAGCUUACCUGGAGAUCUGGAGAUUUUCCUCAUCCACCUCGAAUCAGGUUCAACAGGCCAUUUCUCCUGGUGAUUCUGGAUAAAUACACCCGCACUGUACUCUUCAUAGGGAAAAUCGUAAACCCUCUGAAAAAUUACUGACUGACCAGGGGACAUGCAUUUACACACACUGCUGCUUAAUUUCCUGUGAUCCAGGAAAACAUUUAUAUAUACACAAAAAUGUACCACUGCAUACUACUGCUCAUCUUUCAGACAUUAUCCUUAUAUAUGUCAUUAACCCCUUGAAACACAAGAACUAUUUUCCCUUGUCCAAAAGUCUCUGUGACUUCCCUCUCCCCACCUGCCCUCCGCAGUCUACAGCUGUGUAUAGCUUGUAGUGUUAACAAUUACAAGUCACUUUUCACCUGUUUUGUAAAAAUCUCUUCCUGACACGGCUCUGUAGGGUAUUUGAGAUGGUUUAAAGUCUCCAGAUGAUGUAGCUACUGCUGUGCAUUCACAGUGUGUGUACAGGAGAGCUGGAGAAGGGACACAAGGAAAAAGUGGUGGGAGAUAUAAGUACUGUCUGUUUCAUCCACUAACCUUUGAUGACUAGUUUAAAAUGCAAAAUCCCUUAAUAUUGGAGUGAAUUUCCAUUCAUUUAGUUGUUUUUAACUGAAUAUGGCAUGAAGCUGCAGGAUCAGUGAUUGGGACGCACCAAUGUAAAGGGCUGAUAAAUGCUGUUGUUUCAGCUGUCUCCUCCUCAGCAGGAGCCCUCUUCAUGAAGACAAGAAGGUUGUUUUUUGUUUAAAAGUAAUGUUUCUUCUAGUAAGGAAGGAAGCCAUACCAGUAAAAAUAUGUUCUGUUUUAUCUUUAUAAAAUAGCUGUUAUUGCCAGCGUCCUGAGAUAAAAGUAUGGUGGAGCCAUCCAUGACAUAACACCACUUUCCUUUUUAUGGAUUUCUUGUCACUGUCAUUUCUAAUUGCUCCUGCUGACACCACCUUCACUAUCACACUUCCAGAUAGACUUGUCAGACUGUUGUAGAAAGACAAAUGAAAAAUUAGAAUUCCAGAGAGUUUCUGUUUCCUCACUGGGAACAGGAGUGCUUUCCUAGGGACUGUUAUCCUGCUUUAAAUUAUCAUAGACCCACACACAAAAUGCACCGAAUGUUCUGAGAAGUCACAUUUCUAAAUGUUAAGAGUAGAUUACUGUUAUAAAGUAAAAGUAUACUAUGACAUGACAUUUGUACCUUUUAUACUUAAGGUUUCAUUAGUCUAAUUUAUUGCUAUUAUUUUAUUUUAUAGUAACUCAAUCUACAGGAUUUUAACUUACCAACUACACUAGAUAGUUGUAUAGUUAUGAAGGGAAAGAAACACAAAUCAGUAAAUUUUUUUUUUUUUUUUUUUUUUAAUCAACUUCCUUAGUAGGUCUUAUUAAAAUAUAGACAGCAAAAGAAAACAGUUACAUUACAGAUUGAUUAAAUAUUUUGCUAUAGAAUAGCUCAAACUGGUAGGAAAAAAGUAAAAUAUAAAUGGCAACAUUCUACCCUUCAGUUUCAGAAAAUGUCUGUGAAGAAUAUAAUUUAAAAUUUAUGGUGACUACUUCUAAAAUAUAAUAAUCUUGAUUGGUUUGGAGAUAUUUGUAUUCUUUGACAUUAAAUUAAUGCUAACAAUAUAAGUAAAUUGUAGCUGUAAAUAUACAAAUAUGGAAAAUAAAUACCUUCCCAUUUCUAUCUGCCAGCCAUGUGACACUUGGCAAUCACUCUCAAAGCCCUCCUCAAAAUCAUGUAAACAAAUGAUGAAAAUGUCUUACUCACAACUCUCAUUUAGUCUUUUCAAUAUCUAGUAACAGUUAAUGCUACCACUAAACAUAUAUGGCGUAAUACAAACUGACUCUGCAGAAGGUAAUUUAAAAGUUCUUGGUCAAUCUCAGGACUAACUCAGGACAGUAUGACAAAGUCCAGCUUUGCAAUGACAAAUUAGUCUGUAGGCGAAUACCAGGAGACUUUGUGUUUGCUGUCCCUCACAGACCACAGAUCAAUGGUCUCUGUUUGUUAGCAGAAAAAAAAGAAUAAAUCUAAAGGAUAAUUUGCCAAUCAGCUCUCACUUUGAGGAGUAAGCUUGUUGCUUAACUUGUUUGAAACUGGAUGUAGAUGAACCAAGCUGAAUUAAGAAAUGGACAACAACAAAAUAAUUAAGAAACUGUAGUUGGUAGGGAAUCAUCUUCAAAUGGAAAUAAGGACCAUAAACCUGUGUCUCACCUUGGUUUCCUUCCUGUUUUGACAAAGAUGAGGGAAUGGCCCUCACUGGAAAUAUGCAGCAGAGAGCAAAUUUGUGUGGUAAAUAAUAAGUCCAGAAGGAUUACACAACCUUCCCAAAACCGACAGCCUUCUGGUGGUCAGAAAUCCAGUGCAAGCAUGGUUUGUUCAGGACAGUGUUUCUUCUGUCAGUCUGGAUUGUUUAUUUUUUUGUUUCUUUCCUGGAUUUUUGUUUCUUGGUUUACUCUUCUCUGACUGUGACUUUCAUGAGAAAGAAGCGUCAGAGGAACAGAGGAAGGACUUUCCUUCUACUUUGUCAACAGCAGCUGCUGCUGGUGCAAGUACUGUGGUGUGCCACUUCAAUGUAUUGAUGUAGCUGGAAAAUGGAGCUGGCCUGAUGGCCACCUAAGGGACAAAGCAUCAAGGACAUAUUCUAACCCAGCCUGCACUGAAGCCUACACACAAAUCUGACGUAGGAGUGCGUACAAUCAAGUGCAUGCACGAGCUGCACCCUCGGCACUGCACCUAAGAGAAAUCUGUGAUGGUACUGCUGAAAGCAGUCACCUGUGAAAGCUGUUUUAGGUUAACUGCCAUAGAAGAAUUGCCAGCAGAGCAGAAACUUUGGAACAGCACUUACUGAGCAACUCUCUGAAGAAAGGAAAAUUGUCCUUGUGGGAGUACCAGUAAGCUGUGUCUUUGUGGUUGUAACUACAAAGAAAUUAUCUACAGAAGUGAAAGAAAGUCUAAAAGCAUAAACAAGGAGCUCAGAAAUCAGGUUUAAUCCAUAGUGGAGACACAUUUAACCCUUACCUACAAACUACAUGAAGUUAAAAAGACUUUGGAAUAAAAGCAGCAGAAGUUUUGAGCAGUGUUAAAGAACAUAAAAGAAGGAAGAAGCAAAAAGAAGCAACAUUUAUAUGGGGGCAGUGAGGGAAAUAAUAGGCUUGAGGUAAAUCAAGGAAAAUAACAUAAUUCAAACAGUCAGUGGUUAGUGCCAACGCGCAGGUCUGUCAUUGUUCCCCGUGCUGCACAGCAUCUGCUGCAAAGAAACUAAAGGCGUAUAACACAAGCAACACCCUUCAAGGUCAUGGGAUGAAAAGCAAAAUGGAUAUUCUCUGUUAAAUGUAAGCACUAAUAAGAACCUGUAUUUUUACAACAGUGGAAGGCACAGGUUGCUUAAUGAGAAAAAUUUCUGACAAAGCUGAGGCACAUAGUUCUGAUGCCAGUGUAUCCUCAUCGAACAGGAGAUAUCGUAGAAUCAUACUAUAAUUUAGGUCCUUCGCAAAGUAAUCACCUUUUGAUUUGUUUUCUAAGGUAUAAUGACUAAAUAGUCACAUGUUGUUAGCACAGUCUUGAAACUGAAUAACCUAUUAUGUUCUUGUACUGUAUGAUACUGUUCUUUCUGCAUGCCAAUCUUGGGACAUACUGACAAAAAAGUUAGCAAGGUUUAUAAAGUUCUAGUGGAGAUUGACCCCACGAUACUUCAAGGAUGUUGAAAUAAAAGUCUCCCCUUAAUGACA